AAAUUAAACAAGAUGAUCAAAAUAAAUCUAAUGAAAAUAAUACUGAUGAAGAAAUAAAAUCUAUAUCAAUAUUUGGUCAAGAUUAUAGUAGUAGAUCAAGAGGUUAUGUUGGUAGAUCAAAAGGUCAUGAUGGUGGAUCAAAAG